AUGGACAAUUUAGCCGCCGUACUGCACGGGCCGUACGAUGUGAGAAUCGAAAAUCUGCAAGUUCCGGUGAUCAACGAUGACGAGGCGUUAAUAAAGAUAUCUUGCGUGGGUAUUUGCGGGUCGGAUUUGAAGCUGUACAGCGCAGGAAAAUGUGGCCAGGAGGUUCUAGACGGACCAAUGGUCAUGGGACACGAAGCAGCCGGCGUAGUUGUCAAGGUCGGUGGUAAUGUUAAGGGAUUGAAAGCGGGAGACCGUGUGGCGAUAGAACCCACGCAGCCGUGUCGCAAAUGCGAGUUCUGCAAAACGGGCAGGUACAAUCUGUGCGACGAGCCCCAGUACUGCUCCACACCGAAGAGUCCAGGGAAUAUCUGUCAGUACUACAAACACGUAGCCGACUUCUGUCACAAAUUACCCGACAAUCUUACGAUGGAAGAAGGUGCAGCUGUACAGCCGCUGGCCAUAGCGAUCCACGCGUGUAAUCGCGCCGGCAUCAAGCUUGGGACGAAUCUCGUGAUUCUCGGCGCCGGGCCUAUAGGAGUACUCUGUGCUAUGACUGCUAGAGCCAUGGGCGCCUCCAAAAUACUGAUGACAGAUGUGGUGGAAUCCCGUUUGGAGACAGCUAGAAAACUGGCGGCGGAUUACACGUUUUUGAUUAAGAGAGAAUAUUCCGAUCAGGAAAUUGUGGAAAAGAUUAUCAACACUUUGGGGACCAGGCCUAACAUCACCAUUGACGCAUGCGCUUUUCCUUCCGCACAACGAGUAUCCAUGCUGGUGACUAAGAAAGGUGGCACGGUGCUCGUGGUCGGCAUUGGAGAUACUACUGUCGAAGUACCUCUUUCUGGGGCGCUGCUACAAGAGAUCGACAUCAGAGGCUCCAACCGAAUACUUGACACGUACGGCCCGGCGAUAGCGGCAGUCUCCAGCGGUGCCAUAGAUUUAAAAUCAUUUAUCACCCAUCAUUUUCCAAUGGACAAAAUCAAAGAAGCCCUCGAGCUGGCCAAAAGCGGCGCCGCCAUGAAAAUCAUUAUUCACGUUAACUGA